CUCUGACACUGAAACAUCCAGGACGCUCAAGAGGACUCAAACAGGCGGAAUUAAUUCACACAAACGCACCGAGAGAGAGAGAGAGAGAGAGAGAGAGAGAGAGAGAGAGAGAGAGAGAGAAAAAAAAAGCGAGAAGGAAGGAAUAUUUAGAAAACGGAACAAGUGGAAGGAAUACAACUUGUAGAUCAUCGAAUUUGUUUUCAGUAGUUUGGACAUGAUGAGGAUUUUCGGUGUUGUGCUCCUACUGGUUCACGCCUUGGUGGUGUCCAGACCGGCCAGCGGCGCUGCAGUUGACAGGUAUGAAAGCGACAGGCAGCGGCACACGGCUGUGAUCAACUUGGACACGACCAAAAACAGGAGGGUGGAGGAGGAGAGCAGAAGCACGAGUGCGACAACAGCGGAGUAUGGUCAGGAGGGCGAGGAGGAGGAGUACGGGGAUUAUUAUUAUGAAGACGAGUAUGAAGAUGGCCUGUCUGGAGACUAUGUGGAGUUACCACGAAUUGCCAUGGUAAGCAAACCCAAAGAUCCGUCUCCCAUCCUGGUGACAGAAAGCACUGCAGGACAGAGAAGGAGAGGAAAGGGAAGAAAGAGGGGGAAGGGAAAGGGCAAGAAGAGGAAUCCUUGCCUGAGGAAGUACAAAGAUUUCUGCAUUCACGGCACCUGCCAGUACCUGAGGGACAUCCAUGCCCCAUCCUGUGUGUGCCACACAAGCUACUCUGGGGAAAGGUGUCAGUUCUUCACGUUGCCCUUGGAGAAGCCCCAGGAGGGCUACAACCGGACCACAGCUCUGGCCGUUGUGGCGGUGGUGCUGUCGUCCGUCUGCCUCACCAUCAUAGGCCUUUUGUUGUUGCUCAGGUUUCACAAGCGGGGAGCGUAUGAUGUAGAGAAUGAAGAGAAGGUCAAACUAGGGUUAGCGUCCAACCACUGAGGAGACAAAGAGAGGCAAAGAUGUGGAAAUUCUACCUCAAAAUAGAAAAAGAGAAGUGAGCUGCGAAGGGAAGGUCCUGGAGGGAAAAGGAUCGUACACGAAGAAGGGAACCGGGGUUAUCGUCUGCCUUGACCCUCUGCGAGAUGUUCAGAUGAAAAAUGGGCAGGUGAACAUAUUCCUGAAGGCCUCAGAAGAAGUCGGCCCACCUAAAACUGGAAUACUAACGGCCCAGAGGAUGGACUGAAGAUGUGACGAGCCGUAGGUGAUGAGCACGAAGGAACGAGGAGAAGAAGAAGGAACAUGUCUAGACUCUGUGCUGCUUCUUGACUGUGUGAAAAGAGGUCGUUUUGGACUGAACUGAACAAGAUUUUCAACUAAAACAUUUUGUAUUUUCCUGCACAAGUCCAUCUUUUUUUUUUGUUGUGUACAGUAAACCGUAUAUUUAUAAUUUUAAUUUAUUUAUUUAAGCUAACUGUAUUUAUAGAGAUUUUAACCACCUCCAACCGUUUAUAAAAUAAUGAUGUUACAGUUGUUUUUAUAUUUGUUAUUGGACGAUAUUUAUUUAUGAAACAGAAAAGCAAACAAUGCUGAAGCUCAUGGAGAGAUUCAGUAUUUCAUGAAAAGGGAUUUGAUGCAUAAUUAUCUGAUAUCUGGCUUUAAAUUCCGCGCUCAGUAGAUAAUCAAUAGCACUGUGAUUAUUGGAUUGAUUGUUGAAUAGACAUGAUCGUUAUUUAAGUUAUUCAGGCUAGUGUCAUUGAGAGCAACGCCCUGCUCGCACUCACACGAUUACAAACAUUCACACCUGGAAGCUGCCCAGUUGGAUCUGUAAGCCGCUAGGCAGCACUGGGCCUUGCUCAAAGGCACACCUGCGGUGGUAAUGGGGUAGGAGCUGCUCUUACUCGCAAAUUUAUCUUGCAGAUUUGGGGAUCUUUAUGCCGCAUAAGGCUGAGUCUUCUGCCUCAGUGUUAUCAGAUCAAUGCCUGCCAUUACGAUACAUUGCACUGGCUGUGUAUUGAUUAAAAGCAACAAAAAACCUGCCCUCAGCGACUGUAUUGUUACGAAGCGUUUAAAAACGAGUCGAAUAUCAAAUGCACUGUAGCAAGAAUUUGGUAUAAAUAUGUUGUCCUGUUGUCUUACCGCCGUUAGGGGAGUAAAUCCUUCAGAUCCAUGUUAAGCUGUCAAGCAAAAGAGAAAAUAAAAUGUGAAUUACAGUGUUCCACCCUUUCAAAUCCUGUCCUGCAGUUUUGAAGUGAUUUUUAUUUAUGUGAUUUCUUUUUUUUCAGAGCGAAAUAAAAAAAAAAGACUCAAAAAGA